CAAGUGUACACAUUCAAAUACACCGAUUGAUGUGUUAACGUUGCAGAGACAACAUCUCUACUGCUCUAGGAGGCACUUUUGACUGUCUGCAUCACCUUUAGGAAUUGCAGCUGGGCUGCAGAAGAGCUAAAUAACAAACCACGAACUCCAUAUAUCUAUUGUGAAGAUAAGUAUUAUAAGCAGAGACAAUUUUUGACAUUUUACAUUCAUACAUCAACACAAAUUGAUGUAUGCUAUCGCUGUUAUGUAGCCAUGGCCAUCAUACAAAACUACGAUGCAUAAAAAAAUGAGGUUCGUCAUUUAUAUUCCAAGAUAUGAGAAUAAAAAGACCAAUUUACACAAAAGUUCACUGGGAUGAGUUUAUAAAAUUAGCUGGGAAUUACUACAGUUUGUCUACAAUUUAUAAAACUGUACUGCUAAGUUUCAUUUUGUUCCAAACAGUGUGCCAAUUCACAUGGACCAAGCUUAUAUGUGGUACUUCUAACCCACAAACUAAACAGAUUUCUUAGUUCAGAUCAUACUUCUAUGUAGGAAAAGGCUAGCGCGGCUCUUAAGAACCCUAACCAAUGCCGCUUUGGUUUUACAACUUUCAUUGCUUCUAACAUCCAAAUCAAACUGUUGUUACACACAUGUUUGCUGUAUAGAUGCACUAAAAAAAUCCUGCAUUUACUUUCUCGUAGAAUUGCAUUUUUCUGGUUGUAAAAAUAGGAUGAGCAGCAACUUUCUUGUCAACAUGAUGGCCUCCUGAAAAUAAUUGAGACCCUUCCAUCACUUAUUUAUGAACUACUUUUCAGUGUCUUCUAUCGAUGAUAAGUGAGCUACUUUUUCCUUAGAGAUCGCCUUCCCAUUGGCACUAACUUGUAUAGCACACAGUUUCCCUUCCCAAUGCACUCGUAAUGCAUAGAUAGUCCCUCCUAAUCAUUUUGUGUUCGUUUUUUUGUCAAGAUUCAGAUCGAAUUUCCGACAUCAGAGACACGUAUGCUGUUAAUCAGGUGCUGAAGAAAAAAUCAAUCCUCUCCACUUGAAGGUAGGUGAUGCACACAGAUUUCUUCUUACCUUGCAAGCGCCGUUGGAUGAAGAGAGUAGGCAUGAUCAUGGACAAACGCAGUGAGUGCUCAACCCAUCUGUACAUACGCUGCACUUUAUGCCCCCGUGCCGCUGCCAUCCUUAUCAUGCCUCUCCUUGAUCUGGCUCCCCAGUGCCGUCUUGCCUCGAUCUUGCAGGAGAGGAGGACAUUGUUUAUUUGCGUAGGGCUGUCGGGGGAUAAUUCGAUCGAGUAGGAGUUGUUACGUGGAAGAGGAGCUAGCAGCUGGGCGAUCGUUUGGCUAGGUGACGAGGAAGAAAUUGAUACGGCCGGCCGUUGUACGGGAGCACGGCCAGAGAUGGAGUUCGAUACGGUCUGCACCCAAAUCAGAAGGUUUGGCCACCCUUAACAAUAUCCUCAUCGGAUAUAACUUGGGGAAGGCGAAGGCGUACCCCCUACUAUAUAAGCUCAGCCACCCACGCCCCAAACAAAUCACAACCAACCUUCCUCAAGUCGUUUGUUCCCCCGAGCAAUCGAGUUGUGUUCCCGGCGAUCGAUCGAUCCAUCUUGCUGAGCAUCAUGGUUUCCGCCGACGUGGCCCGCAACAUCGUCGGCAUCAUUGGCAAUGUCAUCUCCUUUGGACUCUUCCUCUCACCUGUGCCGACGUUCUGGCGUAUCUGCAAGGCCAAGAACGUGGAGGAGUUCAAGCCGGACCCCUACCUGGCGACGCUCAUGAACUGCCUGCUCUGGUUCUUCUACGGGCUCCCUAUCGUCCACCCCAACAGCACCCUCGUCCUCACCAUCAACGGCAUCGGCCUCGUCAUCGAGGGCGCCUACAUCAUCAUCUUCAUCAUCUACGCGGCCAAGAACACAAGGUGGAAGAUGCUCGGCGUGCUCGCCAUCCAGGCGGCGUUCAUGGCUGCUGUGGUGGCCGGUGUGCUCGUCGGCGCCCACACCCAUGAGAAGCGCUCCAUGAUCGUAGGCAUCCUUUGCGUCAUCUUCGGCUCCAUCAUGUACGCCUCCCCGCUCACCAUCAUGGGUAAAGUGAUCAGGACCAAGAGUGUGGAGUACAUGCCAUUCUUCCUGUCACUGGUAAACUUCCUCAACGGUCUCUGCUGGACGGGCUAUGCGCUAAUCAAGUUUGACAUCUACAUCACGAUCCCCAAUGCCCUCGGUACAAUCUUCGGCCUCAUCCAGCUGAUCCUUUACGGGUACUACUACAGAUCUACCCCCAAGAAGGGCAAGAAUGUCGAGCUGCCCACCGUCCUCACCAAAAACGCCGUUACCAGCGGCAACGUCUCCGUCACCAUAGAGAAAUAAGCUUUGCUUCGUUUUUAGCCCUAAAGAUUUUGAGUAGUUAAUACCAGAUGAUACUUCAACAGGUCUGAUGUUAAUUAGUUGUACUUUUUGUUAGCUAGUAGAGUCUGAGAUUGCCUUUAAUUUUGUGAACCAUUGUCGUCUGUCCGAGACUACAGUGCAAAUUGCAAGUGUAUAUAAAUACCAAUGCAGCUGAGUUAUCCCAGAGAUAUAUUAUGAAAACCACAUAUGCUUGCCUGUUUUCAA